GUAUUGAAUGAAUAUACAUAUGAUACCUCACAUUAAUCUCUCUCCCCCCUCUCUCAUCUCUCCCAACUCUCUCUCAAUCUCUCUCCCUCUUUCUCUCUCUCUUGUUUUCUUGAAAGAAAGAAAAGAAAACUGCUAAGCUUAAGAAGAGCCUUUUCACACUAUCUUUUUCUCUCGUCAUUACAUUUCAUUUUCAUCUUCUGGGUCAUUUCGUAAAUCAAACAUUACUGUCUUUUCUUUAAUUUAAAUUAAUCCUCAUUUUUUUAAUUUUUAUCAAACACCCUUUGUUUCAUUCAUUCUCAUUUCAUUUCUCUCUGAGCCUCCCUCUCCUCUCUUCUCUCUUUGUCUCUUUCUCUCUUUACUAAGUUUUGGUUCUGUUAUCAAGAUACAUACAUACAUACAUAUAUCUUUAUAUAUUUGAUCAUUUGAUUUGUCAAGAUUUUGACCAUAGAUCCAUCUGCUGACCUUAAUCGGGAUAAGAUGCAGAGUUCUCAACAGAACCAGCUUCCAGAUUAUAUGUCACUCAGUAAUACAGCAUUUACAUAUCUGAAUGCUACCAAUUCAGAAGGGCAAAAUGUAAGUGUAGGGAAUACGAGUGGAUCAAGUUCUAUUGCUGCACAAAGCCUUUUUGAUCAUGGUGGACAGAACUCUGAGCUUGUAUGGGGGUCUUCAAUGAUUGGUUCUUCUGGAGUUGGUCCCAUCCGGCAAAGUGAAACUGCAAGUGUUUUCCCUGUGAAUGCUGGUAGUUACAGUUAUAGUCAGAAUGCAAAUGGUCCGGUGUUUGUGCAGAGUUCUGCUGUUUCUCAGGACUUUAACAUUAAUGCAGGAUCUGGGGAACAAGGUAGUGAUGAUUGUCAGAUUGUGGAACGCCCCAAUAUAUUCAAGUCUGGUUCAUCAGUGAAUGCACGAUUACCGUCUAGUGGCAGUUCUUCUAAUCCUUAUGGGCUGCAUCUUGGGGGAUAUGUGGAGGACAGAGAUGGAAGACCAGGUAGUUCGUCAGCAGGUCGUCAUUUAUCCCGUAAAAGAAAAGCUAUGGACGGAGACAUUGGACAGUCGUCUGGAAGUGGUACUUCAAACUACUAUCAGCAGGCUGGAGGUAGCGCAUGGCAUACUGCUCGUCCAAAUGCCAGCAACAGCUUAAACAUCUCAUUACCAUCAGACAAUGCUAGUGGUACUAGUCAACUGGAGCGGUUUAAUCAAGGAUUUCAAGUGAGUGCAGGAGGCAUUCCUUCAGAGAUUCCUCCAGCUGUAACUGCAGCAAGAACUUCUGAAAGCUCUCAUAGGAACUUGCGCUUAAGGUUCAGCUCUUCACAUCAGUUAGAUUCCUCACCAGCUAAUGCGUUUGCAGCAGGGACUGCUGUUGGACCAGUUGAUUAUUUUACUCGCCAUCAACCACAAAGGAGUACCCCCGUCAAUGGUCCUUUGGAUUUGUUACCACCAGCAAUUACGUCCAGUGGAAUAAUGCAAAGUCAGUCCUCCCUUGCACAUGUCCCUGUUAUGCACCACAAUCUACAAUCUGCUAGGUGGAACAGAAAUUCCAGCUUAAGACCUGGCAGUUCUUCAGGUGUUGCAAUCCCGGGAGAUAAUCAAGGUAUUGCAUCUCAUUACGAAGCAAGGUCAAGAAUCUUGCAGCAAAAUAUGUUGGAGCAUCACAUGUUUAUACCAUCUGGGAUGACAGCUUCAACUCAAUCACAAGGUCCAUGGGGUUUGACCAGUGGGAAUAACAUUGCUGUCUCUGCUGCUGCUCCUCACAGUGUCUCUGCUGCUGCUGCUCCUCAGAGUGUCUCUGCUGCUGCUCCUCACAAUGGCUCUGCUGCUGGUUCCAAUCCCACCUCUGCCCCUAACGCGGUCCGUAUUCGUAAUUCUCCACAACAUUCACGCAGACUGUCUGAAUUGGUUCGAAGAUCCUUGUUAUCCUCUUCUGGUAUUCAAUCUGGAGGUCAGACCAGCAAUGCUCUUUCAGGUACUCCUGCUUCUGCACAAGGGACGAACAUUCCAUCUGGAGACCAGGGGCAUCAUUUGCCUCAGUCAAGGUCUGCAAAUUUACCAACUAGACGUUAUGAUGGUGCUUUUGGAAUCCCCGUUUCACUUCGAACUUUAGCUGCUGCCACUGCCCCUGAAGGAAGAAGCAGGCUUGUGUCUGAGAUUCGCAAUGUAUUGGCUCAAAUGCGUAGGGGUGAGGGCUUGAGGUUUGAGGACAUUAUGAUGCUUGACCAGUCUGUCUUAUUUGGGAUGGCUGAUCACGAUGGGCACAGGGAUAUGAGGCUUGAUAUUGAUAACAUGUCCUAUGAGGAAUUGUUGGCGCUGGAAGAUCGCAUUGGAUACGUGAAUACUGGAUUGAGUGAAAAUGCAAUGAAAAAAUGUCUGAAGAAGAGGAAGUACAAGGCAACUUCAAAAGAUCAAAAGGAGUCUGAACCUUGCUGCAUAUGUCAGGAGGAGUAUGUCAACGGAGAUGAACUUGGAAAGCUGAAGUGUGGGCAUGAUUUUCAUACUGACUGUAUCAAACAAUGGCUGAAGCAAAAGAAUUUGUGCCCCAUAUGUAAAGCAACAACUGGGGAUACUAAAGAAAAGUAAUGAUCUUCCUAAUUCAACUGAGACGGAUUAAAUUGAGUGGUCUGCGGAUCUAUGUUUUGCCUAACUACGGUUCAAUCAACCUGCUAGGCGAAUAAUGUCCCUAAUUGGACCACUUUUCAGCAGCUGGAUAAUUUUCCAUGCAUCGCUUCUCGACUCUGUUAUUAUCUCCAAUGUGGAGGAUUUUUUUUUUUUUAAAAUUUAAGAAUUCAAAUUUCCAAAUAGACUAGUUGUUUUUCGCCUUUGGUAAGAAAGGCAUACAAUCUUAUAGAAAGAUUUAAAAGAUUCAAGGAUUUUUUUGA